AUGAGGAUGAUUAAAUUCAAAUGCAAUGAUCAUGAAAGAGUGAGGGCAGUGUGUGUAGGGAAUUGCAACUGGGUUUGUUUUGCUUCAGCAGUGAAUGGUAGUGAAUGGGUUCAAGUGAAGAAGUUGGUUGACGUGCAUGAUUGUGGGACACUUGACCACAACUUUCAUGCUAACUCAACAUGGUUAGCUCAGAGAUAUGCUACUCAACUGUCUAGACUGCAUAAUUGGGAUAUGAGAACUUUUAAGCAGCAUGAUUAUGUUGUUGAACUAAGAAGGACUAAUGUGGGUAACACAGUCAUUAUCAAAUGUGAGUUGGAGGGUGAAAGGCCAAGGUUUCAGAAUAUUUACAUUUGCUUAGCUGCAGUUAAACAAGGAUUUUUGCAGGGAUGUAGGCCAGUGAUAGGAUUUGAUGUUUGUCAUAUCAAAGGUCAUCACCCUGGACAAUUGUUAUCUGUUGUUAGUAUGGAUCCUAGCAAUGACAUGUAUCUUAUUGCGUAUGCAGUGGCUGAGGUGGAGAAAUAUGAAACAUGGUCAUGGUUUUGUCAACUAGGAUUGGUGUUGAAAUUGCAAAUGGAGAAAAUUGCAAGGAGCACAACCAUCCCAUGGUGGGAUGCUGAGAUGAAAAAUAUGAGACAUUUGAGUCAAGCUGCAUUUGAUUGGGUGGUGGCCUUAGAUCCAUCACAAUGGUGUAGAGCUCACUUUAAAACUCAUUCCAAGUGUGACAUCCUUUUGAAAAAUAUGUGUGAGGCUUUUAACGGUGCCCUUGUAGAAGUCCGAGACAAAUCCAUUUUAACCCUGCUAGAGAGGAUUAGAUACUAUAUUAUGUUGUUAAUGGCAACUAGAAGAACAUCUUGUGAGAGAUGGAAACAUGACAUUGGUCCAAUAAUUUUUGGCAUUUUAGAGAAAAGGAAGAAAGAAUCAGCUUGGUGCAUUCCAAAGCUUGCUGAUGAGAGUUUAUAUGAGGUCAAAAACUAUUAUGGAAGUUAG